CUUGUUGCUGAUCUCUUUUUCUCUCCCUCCAGCAUCCCAAGGCGCUGAAGCGGGAGAGUGGAGAAAAUAAAGCUCACUCACUGAGCAGCCCGGGAGAUUAAAGAGAGGUCUGGGCCGGGCCACCUCAGACGCUCUCUCUCCUCCAGGAGAAACACUUGCGCCGGAGAGGCUGGGUCAGUCUCGACGUGAACAACAUUCCCUCGUCUAGGUAGCUCCGUUCUUCCGGAUUCAGACCAUCGGGUGUGUAAACACCCCCGCAACCCCCCCCCGCUCGCCUCCUGAAGCGGUGUGUCCUCCCCCUCCCCCCGCAAGGAUGGUGGAUGUGUUCAGCGGGAGGCUCCUCAUGAACAAGGACGGGCACCUGGUGGACCCCGAGGAAGCCCUGCAGAACAAGAUCGUGGGCUUGUACUUCUCGGCGGCGUGGUGCUCCCUGUGUCGCGAAUUCACCCCCACCCUGUGCGACUUCUACAGCGAGCUGGUGGAGGAAGCGCCCUCGCCGGCCCCGUUCGAGAUCGUCUUCAUCUCCUCCGACCGCAGCUCCGAAGAGAUGGUGGAUUACAUGCAAGAGACGCACGGGGACUGGCUGGCGCUGCCUUUCCACGAUCCUUUUAAGCAUGAGUUGAAGAAGAAAUACAACAUCACGGCCAUUCCCAAACUUGUGAUUGUUAAACAAACUGGAGAAGUCAUUACAGAUAAAGGCAGAAAACAUAUUCGGGAGAGAGGGCUCAACUGCUUCCGAAACUGGGUUGAGGGGGCGAAUGUCUUUGAGAAUUUCUGUACUUGAACCAAUGGUGGGAUCUGCAGAGGAGAUAGCUUUGUUAUAUACAUUCUAUAAAUCUAGAGUUCUUAUUGUUGCUACUUUUUCAAAAGGGGGCUUACAGUUGCCUCGUCUCAUGCUCCUUUGCUUUAUUUCAGAUUCUGCAUAGAUGGAAUAGUUAAAUGUUUCUGA